AUCUCUCUCUCUCUUGAAGUAGACUCUAAGCUAAAGCCACCGUCAGAUUUCAGAUCUCAGAUCUCAGCUCUUCAUUCGAAGCCAUGGCCGAGAAGGGCAAGGAAAAGGUAACUAUGAUGAAGUUGAAGGUGGAUCUUGAUUGUGCCAAGUGUUACAAGAAAGUGAAGAAGGUUCUUUGCAAAUUCCCUCAAAUAAGAGACCAAUUGUUCGAUGAAAAGUCCAACAUUGUCAUCAUCAAGGUGGUUUGCUGCAGUCCUGAGAAGAUCAUGGACAAACUCUGUUCCAAAGGCGGCGGCUCGAUAAAGACCAUCGAGAUCGUCGAGCCACCCAAGCCUCCUCAGCCACAAGCCCAACCACCUCCCCAGAAACCUAAAGAUGCUCAGCCUAAAGCUCCUGAGAAGCCUAAGGAACCUGAAAAGCCCAAACAGCCCGAAAAGCCCAAAGAACCCGAAAAGCCGAAGCAACCCGAAAAACCCAAAGAACCUGCUCCAGCACCCGCAGCCAAACCCGCACCCGCUCCCGCCCCAGCGCCAGCACCCGCAGCCAAACCCGCACCCGCUCCUGCCCCAGCGCCAGCACCCGCUCCUGCCCCGAAGCAGCCGGGACCGCCACCACAGGCGAUCCCGAUGAUGCCGCAAGGGCAGCCAGCAAUGUGUUGUGGACCCUACUACGAUGGAUACGGAGGGCCAUCGUUCAAUGGAUAUGGAAUGCCGCCGCCGCAGCCUUACGAGUGCUAUGGCCGACCAGUCUACGAGAGCUGGGGUGGGGGCUGCCCACCACCACCUUACAGACAAUGCCACGUCAAUAGAUGUGAUUACUUCAGCGAAGAGAAUCCACAGAGCUGUUCCAUCAUGUCUCGAGGCUGCAACUGUGAACAAGUACCCAAAAAAAUGUCAUUUCAUCAUCUAUGUUCUUCUCCCUCAUCUCUUCUCCACGACCCUCUUCCUCUCUGCAAUCUCCUCUCAGUCUAUCCCAAAUCCACUCCAAGAAGUUUCCUCUGCUCUUACAAUCCCAAUUCUUCUCCUUUCCACUCCAGAAACCUUCUCCAAGUAACCCAUGUUUCAGUACAAGAAGCAAUUCCACAGAGUGAAAAAUCCAAACUUGAUGAUGCAGAUCUUCCUAUACCAACCCCUACUGCUUCCAAAAGCUACGUCUGGGUUAAUCCUAAAAGCCCCAGAGCUUCUCAGCUCCGUAGAAAAUCUUACGAUUCGAGGUACUCUUCUCUUAUCAAACUAGCUGAGUCUCUUGACGCGUGUAAGCCAAACGAAGCUGAUGUUUGCGAUGUCAUUACUGGGUUUGGUGGUAAAUUGUUUGAGCAAGAUGCUGUUGUUACUCUCAAUAACAUGACUAACCCAGAAACUGCGCCAAUUGUGUUGAAUAAUCUCUUGGAGACGAUGAAACCUAGCAGGGAAGUGAUUCUCUACAAUGUCACCUUGAAAGUGUUUAGGAAAAGUAAGGAUCUUGAAAAGUCAGAGAAGCUGUUCGACGAAAUGCUUGAGAGAGGGAUUAAACCGGAUAAUGCAACUUUCACUACGAUCAUUAGCUGUGCUAGGCAGUCUGGUGUACCUAAGAGUGCUGUUGAGUGGUUUGAGAAAAUGUCUUCCUUUGGAUGUGAGCCUGAUAAUGUCACUUUGGCUGCUAUGAUUGAUGCUUACGGGCGUGCUGGUAACGUUGAGAUGGCUUUGAGUUUGUAUGACCGUGCAAGGACUGAGAAAUGGCGCAUUGAUGCUGUUACUUUUUCGACUUUGAUUAGGAUUUAUGGUGUUUCUGGAAACUAUGAUGGGUGUCUCAAUAUCUAUGAAGAGAUGAAGGCUCUUGGGGUGAAGCCUAAUUUGGUUAUUUAUAAUAGGUUGUUAGAUUCUAUGGGUAGAGCCAAGAGGCCUUGGCAGGCUAAAAUUAUCCACAAGGAUCUUAUUAGCAAUGGUUUUACACCCAAUUGGAGUACUUAUGCUGCUCUUAUUAGAGCUUAUGGUAGAGCUCGUUAUGGCGAUGAUGCACUUGUUAUCUACCGAGAGAUGAAGGAAAAAGGAUUGUCUUUAACUGUGAUUCUUUACAAUACUCUCUUGUCCAUGUGUGCUGAUAUCGGAUAUGUGGAUGAGGCUUUUGAGAUUUUUCAAGAUAUGAAGAAUUGUGAGACUUGUGAUCCUGACAGCUGGACCUUCUCUUCGUUGAUCACUGUGUACUCUUGCAGUGGGAGGGUUUCAGAGGCUGAGGCGGCUCUUCUUCAAAUGAGAGAAGCUGGUUUUGAGCCUACUCUUUUUGUUUUGACGUCAGUUAUCCAGUGUUAUGGGAAAGCCAAGCAGGUAGAUGAUGUUGUGAGGACAUUCGAUCAAGUGUUGGAACUGGGCAUAACUCCGGACGACAGAUUCUGUGGGUGCCUUCUGAAUGUAAUGACCCAGACACCUAGUGAGGAGAUAGGUAAACUCAUUGGCUGUGUCGAGAAGGCUAAGCCAAAGCUUGGUCAAGUGGUUAAGAUGUUGGUAGAGGAGCAAAACGGCGAGGAAGGGGUGUUCAAGAAGGAAACAUCUGAGUUGAUUGAUUCCAUUGGCUCUGAUGUAAAGAAAGCAUAUUUGAAUUGCUUGAUUGAUCUCUGUGUCAAUCUCAAUAAGUUGGAAAGAGCUUGUGAGAUCCUACAACUGGGACUUGAGUAUGAUAUUUAUACGGGUCUCCAAUCGAAAUCUGCUACCCAAUGGUCCUUACAUCUAAAAAGUCUCUCUCUCGGGGCAGCCUUGACCGCUCUUCAUGUUUGGAUGAACGACUUAUCCGAGGCGGCUCUGGAAUAUGGUGAAGAGUUCCCUCCGUUGCUUGGAAUCAACACUGGACAUGGGAAACACAAAUACUCAGACAAAGGUCUGGCAGCAGUUUUUGAGUCUCACUUAAAGGAGCUAAAUGCUCCUUUCCAUGAAGCCCCAGAUAAGGUUGGCUGGUUUUUGACUACCAGUGUUGCGGCAAAAGCAUGGUUGGAGUCUAGACGCUCAUCUGGAGGAGUUUCUGCAUAGCUCUUGUAAUUGGUAUGUAGCUUUGAUAUGUCUAUGUGGCUUCAAGCUUUAUCCACUAUUUAGCUUUCUUUCUCCUGAUACCGGGAUUUUCUGGAUCAGGAAAGAUUUUGUAAUGCUAGCAAACUUGGGUUAUACACAUUUGAAACAAUUUAGAGAGCUGAUUAAGUCUCCUUCUCCUUAGUUUCAUGGUCUUCUCUUCAUAUCCUCCUAUUGACUUUAAUA